ACUGCAUUACAUGUCCCAUUCGGUACCAGUCCCGGAUCGCGGAACUAUCUUCAACGGUCGAACUCGGUCAGUAGACUCUACCAAGCUUCUCAAGGCUGUUCGUCUUGUUGUUUGUGUCCAUUAUGGAGGUAACAAACUGGGGCAGCCUAAUCAAAACACGGCCCUCCAAGGUCAAGGAAGUGUUCAAGGUUCAGGAUAUUAUCGAUGUAGUGAAGGACCCUGUCCAAUUUCCGUCUCCGGUGAGGGCACUGGGCUCUCGUCAUUCGCCAACGAAAUGCAUCGACGCUGAUUCCGGUACAGUGCUGGAUAUGCGCCACCUCAGCUACAUCAACGAGCCGGACGAGACGGAGAUGACCCUCACGGUCGGUGGUGGCACAAUUUAUUACGACAUUGUUCAUUUCUUGGAAGCUCGCGGCUUCAUGCUGCGUGUCAACACGGAGAUCGGGAUGCUGACUGCCGGUGCAGCUGUCAUGGGGCAAACCAAGGACUCAGCUUUCCCUGGAGAGUACGGCCAAGUCAGCUCCGAAGUCGUUGCAGUCAAGCUGGUCACAGCACAAGGGGAGAUACUGGAAGUUAGUGAAAAGAACGACCCUGAGUUCAUGAAGUUUGUGCGCUGCAGCUAUGGAAUGCUGGGAGUUGCAUUUGAAGUCACCUUCAGGAUUGUUCCACUGCGUCUCAUGCGCGUCUACCACAAGCAUUUCACGGUGCCAGAGUUCAUAGAGCAGCUUGCUGACAUACGCGCAGCCAGAGCGGCGUUGAUGUACUACAUGAUGCCCAUGAGAGGCCUGGUCGUGGUCGAGUAUCGCACGUAUGCACCGGAUGAGAGCGAGGAGGACGGUAUACAGAGGGAGCCAGGCGUCGUCCAUAACAAGCACCUCCUACCACUCGGAGACAGCAGCAUCUUGGCAGUGCGCAACUUCAUAUGGGCAAAGCUCAAUCCGGUCACGAGUAGACUGCUGCUGUCGGUUCCUAGGCUGCUAAGUGUGCCCGGGUUUUGGCUGGCCAACAACUUGUUGUUCUCAGGAUUCAAUUUCACUGCGAGCCACCGCCAUCUUCCGGCGGCGCAGGUCAUCACCUACCCAGAAGAUCCACCAGCUUCAACUGUAUUCACCUUCUCUAUCAUGUCGUUCACGGCUGAUAAGUUCAAAGAGGCCAUGACGGCAUACUAUAAGUUUGUGCUGGACUACCAUGACAGAACCGGGUGGAACGUGUCAAUGAUGGAUGUUGGCUAUCGUCUCUUCCAUGACGACAAGUCCUACCUCUCCUACACCGACGGCGGUGAGUCGUGGACAAUCGAUCCCGUCACAAACCCCAAUUCCGGCUGGUAUCCGUUCUUGAAGGAGUUCAACAAGCUGGGAGCGUCUUUCGGCGGCAAGCCACUGCUGAAUCAAACUCCUCUCCUCACGGCCGAUCACUUCCAUGCCGCUUUCGGACCGCAGAUCAGGCAGUUCAAUGUUCACCGCAAGAGAAUGGACCCCGACAACCGUUUCCUGAGCACCUUCUUCAAGGAUCUGUACCAGUGCUCAUGAGUUGUGUGUGUGGUGCGAUGUUCUCAAGCGCCGAUUCACGGGCUCAUGGGCAACCCUAGGCUUGUGUUGUGUGUAGGCGUUGCAACUUGCAAGCAUCUACAAACAGGCCCUUGGCUGCCGUUAAAGAUCCGGAACAUUAGCUAUCAACUUGGUUUGAUGCGAGAGUGUGUUAGUGUUAGCGGUGAAACGAAUAUACCAAAUAUUCGUAAGACCGUUUGUGUUAGGUCCGAUUUGCAGUUUGCACGAAUGUAUAAUGGUCUUGGCUUUACCUUCUGCGCUCAUUGCUAAUGGAUUGCAAUCAGUUCUUUCGUGACUCUUCCUUUUGAUCGUUAUCGUUGUCAGGCACAAUCCCCCCCCCCCUUGUUUUGCUUAUCAUUCUCAACUUAAUCUAGGUUUCCCCGCCAACGGGCAAUGCCUGUUGCGACUCUACCAGUACAUGUGUUAUGAAUUCCGCUGCUAGUCAUUAAAGGGGAAGUUAAGGCAAAA